AAAAAGUCGAGAUGGUGGGAGUGAUACUAUUAUUGAAUUAUGCGGAUUUGGAGGAGUGUAAAGCAUAUUUCAAUCAAAACAUAGGAGGUAGUACAUAUAGAGAAUUGGAAAGGGUGGCUUUGGAGAUAGUGAUAGAUUUGUUAACCAAAGAAUUAUAUGGGAUGCAAGUU